CAGCUCUGAACUUGAGGAGACUCUGAGGGGAUUUUAAAAUAGAGACAGAAUAGUUUUUAUUUUUAUUUUUUAAACCCUGAAAGUGGAAUGUUUGAAAUGUCACAGAAAGAGAUUCACGGUGGAUGAUGGAGUGGAUUUAUUUGGCGACGUUUCAUUUAUAUUUUGGGGAUAUUGAAUUGAUGCUGCGGGUGAAGUGAAACGAUGAAGAAGAGGAGGCAGAAAUGUGUCUCUGAGGAAACACCUGCUGUCGCUCUGAUUGUUGGAUAAAGUGCUGCUGGACAUGGAGCCGCUUUCCUCCUCCAGGGGACGAGACACGCGCGUCGCGGAUGGAUAUUUGAGUGAUUUCAGAGUGAUCUCCAGGCUCGAUGACAGGGGGGUCUGACGGAGAAGGUGGAGGGAUGGAGAAUGCCAGCCAGCUCGAACCAACGCCUGUCACCUACGGAGAGCUGCUGAACGUCUCCUCCAACUACAGCCAUGAGAAUUUCACGUCGGAAGCGGAGGAGAAGGACGCCAACCUGGCUUUCCAGGCGGGUGUAGCCGUGACCUUAGCGCUCAUAACUUUCGCCACGACGCUCUCCAACGCGUUCGUCAUCGCCACCAUUUACCAAUCCCGCAAACUCCACACGCCGGCCAACUUUCUGAUAGCGUCCCUGGCCGUCACGGACCUGCUCGUGUCCAUCCUGGUGAUGCCCAUCAGCGCGCUCUACACCGUGUGCCAGACGUGGACUCUGGGGCAGGUGAUGUGCGACAUCUGGCUCUCCUCGGACAUAACGUGCUGCACCGCGUCCAUCCUCCACCUGUGCGUAAUUGCGCUCGACCGCUACUGGGCCAUCACGGACGCGGUGGAAUACUCCAAGAAGCGCACGCCGGGGCGCGCAGCCGGGAUGGUGGCCACCGCCUGGGUGAUCGCCAUCUCCAUCUCCCUGCCGCCUUUCUUCUGGCGCCAGGUGAAGGCGGAGGAGGUGACGACCUGCAACGUGAACACCGACCACAUUUUCUACACCAUCUACUCCACGUCCGGCGCGUUCUACAUCCCCACGCUGCUGCUCAUCGCGCUCUACGGGCGGAUCUACGUGGAGGCACGGAAGCGCAUCCUGAAGCAGUCGAGCGGCAAGCCGGGGAAGAGGCUCACUUCCGCGCACCUCAUCACCAACUCGCCCGGCUCCGUGGCGUCCACCACCUCCCUGAACUACGGGACGAACGACACCACCUCCUCCUCCUGUGACACUACCUCGUCCGCGAACCACGUCAAAGUCACCGUGUCCGACGCGCUGCUGGAAAAGAAGCGCAUCUCGGCCGCCCGGGAGAGAAAGGCGACCAAAACUUUGGGGAUCAUCCUGGGAGCCUACAUCAUCUGCUGGCUGCCGUUUUUCAUCUACACCCUCUUAGUGCCUGUCUGCAAAUCCUGCUUCCACCCGGAGUUAUUUGACAUCUUCACCUGGCUCGGUUACCUCAACUCGUUAAUCAACCCCAUCAUUUACACCAUGUCCAACGAGGACUUCAAACAGGCUUUCCACAAACUAAUACGGUUUAAAUGCUGCAGGGCAUGAACGGUGAUUACCAGCCAUACC